ACCUGGAGACCAGGGUGGUGACUGCGCUGGGCACUGGAUGUACAAAACCUGGGUGAACUGGGAAAAGCAUUCAGCUGAACCGUUCUGCCUACCUUCCCGGCUUUUCUUUUUUGUGGUUUUUGUUGUUGUUUUGUUUUUUUCUGGUCCCCUCCCAACCACACAUGAGCCCCAAGCCAAACGGCUGAGUGGAGCCGAACAGCUGCUGAGGCUGGGGUCCUCCGGGCUGCAGGCCACAGCAGGGCAGGGAGGGAGCCUCCAGCGCAGGGCGGUGUCAUGCAGGCCCCGCCUCGCCCGCCUGCGCCGCUCAUUGGCCCCGAACGCACUGACUCGCGGGCGGAGCAGGAAGGAAACCGCUCCCAAGCGCGGCGGCAGCGUCGUUUCUAGCCGUGCAGCUGCCGCUCCCACCAGCCCUCGGUUGCUUUGCGUGUCCCUUUCCUGCAGCAUGAGUGGUCUGCGCGUCUACAGCACGUCGGUCACCGGCUCUCGUGAAGACUAUGAACUCUUCGUGGAGGCCGUGGAACAGAACACACUGCAAGAGUUCCUGAAGCUGGCCUGAGUAGGGAUGACCACCAUCCCUACCCAACUCCUCACCAGGCCUUGAAGGACCUUGUGACCAACCUUGGAGUCCCUCCCUGCAAACCCAAGCCCUUUCUGUAUCCUCCUCCUUCCUUCCUUCCAAGGCAACAUUCCUUACUCACCAAUCGGUCUCAAGAGAUUGUCUUAAGCAAUGCCCCCAAUGCUGGCUGCCCCUAGCCAGGCCAUGGGGCUACCUCCCUGCCUGGCACUGCCUGAUGGGUAUUUGUUAGUUCCAUCAGCCAGAGCUCUGCCAAAGGCCCCGCAAGUCCCUCUCCUGGGAGCAUCCUAGAGACAAUUAAAUGCCCAUUCCACUGGU